AUGACGUCCCAGGACUUUCCUGGCGCGGCGGGGUUAGACGGCCCCACGCCGGUGGUGCGGAAGCCGGGCCAGCGCCGCGGCCGGAACCUGGUCCCUGCGUCUGGACACCCGCUCCCUGGUGGAACGCCACGGGAUGAACGGAUCUGGAUCCGUGUGCAGCACCCUAGUCGAAGGGCUGCAGCAAGCGGACGCUCUGACACGGCCGCAUUGGCCUGUCUGCCACGUUCGAUAAGUGAAGGCGAGUCAACGACGGCACUGACGAUGGGUUAUUGCGAUGCGCAGCGACACCUCGACGUGCUGUCGUCCUGGCCGCUGGAGGAGAAUCCCAGCUUCUACCAGAGGCGGCGCUUCCGUAACACAAUUUUGCAGACUCAACGGUACCCGGACGAAGGGCCAACUUUUCAAGCGCAGCUGCCCUGUGGCGACGAGGCUGCAGCAGUCGACGUGGACAUGCGUUCCAUUGACCGCUGUGCUUGA